AUGGGAUUCAAGUCAUCAUCAAACAAUAAUUGUAAACACAUUGUUGAUGGCAUUAAAGAUGACAGGGAUAGAUUUGGUAAUCCGCAAAUCGACAAAUUCAUAAAGGAUACACAAGAUCGUAAUGAAAAAGACAAGACAAAAUUGCAAAUUGACUGGAUCCCUUUUAAAGAAUUUAAGAAUAUCAAGGAAUUAAAAAAAGGCGGUGAAGGUGUAAUUUAUACUGCAGAGUGGAUAAAAGGUCCAGGUCCUACAAAAACAGUUGCUUUAAAAUGUCUUCAUAACUCACAAAAUAAUAUAUCUAAAUUACUUGAUGAGAUUGAGCUUCAAGUAAAGCUUUAUUACACAAAUACACCACUAUGUUACGGAAUCAGUAAAGAUGCUGCAAAUAAUUAUCUGAUAGUGAUGCAAUACGCAACCGAUGGCAAUCUACAUGAUUAUCUUCAAGAUAACUUUGGUGAAUUAGAUUGGGAAAAAAAAUUACGCAUUAUUUAUGACAAUGAGGCUACCAUAGAUAUUAUAACCGAAAUAAUGAAGGGCGGGAGGCCAUAUAUACCAACAUCAUCAUCAUCAAAAGAAAAGUAUAAUAUACCAAAAGUAAUUGCUGAUUGUAUAAAAAAAUGUUGGGAUGAAGAUAAGGACAAACGACCUGAUAUCGUAACACUUAAUAAUUUCUUUAAAGAUUUAUUGAUUAUUAAUAAAGAUUAUAAAAAAUGGAAACCGUAUCGGGAGAAAGAUGAUGGAGAUGACGAUGAUGUCGAAAGUUGUUGUAAUAGCUGUCGUGAAAUUAAUAUCACUGAUUAUGUCACUACUCAAUGGGAUUUAACAAUUCCUGAAAGAGUGCCUUAG